AUGGACCGCGAAGUCGAACGCCGCGAGCGAGAAGGAAGCGCAAGUGGUACCAUCGACCGAACACAAGCUGGGGUGGACGACAAACACACCAACUCGAAUUCAAGAAGCGUAUCAAUUGACACGAUUUCAGUGCCGCCAUCUAACAGUCCAAUGAUGUCUUUUACGGCUGCAGCGGCCACCGAAGGGCCGCACAUCAGAUCAACACCUAUCACUAGGAAGAUUUCAAAGGCGAAGAUGCGUGUUCCAGUUCACACAUGUAGCCAAUGUCCUAAGACAUUCUCAAGAGCAGAACACCUAAGGCGCCAUCAACUUAGUCACUCACCUCCUGAUUUAUUUUGUCCUAUUGAAAACUGCAAUAAGGCCUUCCAUCGCAAAGAUCUUCUUGGCAGACAUAUUCAGAGACACGAGCUAGAUGCUCAAUCCCGUAUAAAUCCGAGCUCUAGUUCUCAGUCAACACCUCACCUCGUUGAGGAAGAUUGGAACCAUAUUGACCUUGGAUUUGAUGGUUACACAAGUAGCAAUGCCUCCAGUAGCUGCCUAUCUUCAUCUACUGCCCCCACCUCUGUUACCGGUGGAGGGACUGAACAACGUGCAGCAAAUGAGGCAUUUAUCGACCUUCUCUACAGCGCCGUAGACCUACGAAAGCUUAUGCAGCCUGCAUUGAAAGAUGGAUACACCGAUCCGAAAAAGCUUACAGCAAAGCUUCGAAAAUUACUGAAGUUAUUUGGCCAAGACUUGACAGCAGAAUUGCGGUACCCAGAAUCAACACGAAUAGGUGGGUUCUUCAAGAAGUCAUCCAAGCUACUCUCUUUUGAGAUCACCAAUGGAUUGUCCAAAGAAGAAAGAGAGGAUGGCAGUGAAAGGCCCGCUGUGAGCAAGGAACCAGACUUAGUAUCUGAAGGCGAUGAGCUAGACGAUUCUAGUUCCGAAGAUGAACCAUCUGUCCAGCCAGAUAUGCUCAGCAUACAGAGUCUAGUCGCCUCCACGAACUCUUUCAGUGCAUUCCUCACGCGACUAGUCGAUUUGGUUAACCCAUCGUUUGAGUCACGGCUAAAGCGUUUGGCCAAGUCGCAGGCUAAGGAACUGAGUGAUUCAGAGUCCAAGAGAGUUGCAGAGACGGUAUCAGAACUUCUCUACUCGAAGCCAGUAAAGAUUUCUCUGACAGAAAGUGAGAGAACGACGUGGCUGAAUAAGUCAACAUCUGCAUUCAAGGCAGCUCUGUUGAACGAGUGGGACUGUUGGCCAUUUACAGAGCCCCAACUACAGCCACCGCCCAAUUUCGCGACCUUGAGUUGGAUAUGUCUUUGCGGAGAUAUCCGAAGACAAGUGGUUCCAAUGGCCUUCGCACGGCGGGUUGUCAAGAUCCGAGCACAGACGCUACCUGUAUCUUCUGCACCAACAGGAGCAUCGGCAAACUUUUUCAAGGGUCACAGCGAACCUUCUCUAAGCCAGACCGCAGUUCAUGGCGUCUACAAAUAUCAGCAACCUUCAAUACAACAGGUGACGCCUGGCGAAACUUCCAUCAUAUCAAGAGCGCUCCCGGCGACCAUAUCAAUGCCGUCGACCAGUCGAUAUAUCAUGUUCUUCGUAGACUCAGGAGGCUUGAAACUCAGUGCUAUUGAAUCAAAGUCCCUAUGCAACGAGCAGCUUUUCAGGCAAAUGAGAUCCGAGUUUCGACGAAUUAAAGGAUGGUUCAAGACCCGGUUUGGUCUCAUGACAUUCUCUCACUGCGACUUCUACCAGUUUGAGCAAUGGCACCCAGAAAGGUAUUGCGAGCGUCGGAACGGUGUGCCCCCGAUUUUCGACAAAGACUAUUUCUACCAGCCAAGGCCACUCGACGAGCCUCCAUUAUCCAAGCACGAGUUUUACGAUCGUUUCUAUGAAAGGAUUCACUCUGAGCCUUGUCUAUGGGGAGAAAAGACCUAG